GCUGAAAUUGCCACGUGUUGAUUCCCAUGAAAAUCCGCAGAAGAGAAAGACCACAUCAGCCUGCCAUCGAUCUUGGUUGUCCUGGAUUGACACGGCCAUGAGCGAAGAAUGAUACCGAAGGUCCCCGAGAGAGAAAGCGUUGCUAUUAUCAUAUAAGUUAGUUGUCUUCUCCAAUCGAGGUCUUUAUCAAGAUGACAGGGGCGGCAGCGUCCUCCGGCCAUGGACGGCCUUUGGUGUCAAUGGUAGUGUGGAGUAUCUUGUUCUUUGUUCUGCCAUUCUGCGACCAAGUUAUGGGUCUACAGAAUAUCAAAAUUACCAAACCCACGCAAUAUCGAGGAAGAAGGACGAUGGAACCCAUGAAGCCUCUGGAUGCCAUUGCUCUUUCCGAUACUCCUAGUACAACAGAAGAUGAUCCGAUCUUGCUUCCUCCCAGUAGUAGCAAACGAUCCAACCGUACCGGUAGAGGUGCCGGCGGUGACACUGCGUGUAUCGCGGAACCACCAACCACUAAUGAUGUGCCUGCAGAGCAAAUCAACCUUAAAACAGAGCAACCAUUUGUCACACCCAUUAAGCUUUCCAGGAAGCAGUUGGUGCGGCCAAGAGCACUCCUCAAGACCAGGAGAAAGAAGUAUGAAAUUAUGGAAUAUCAAGUUGGAAGUAGUGGCGAUGUUGCUUUGGUCCAUCCGCAGCUGCUCGCCACCAAUAAUGUCCAAAAGAUGCUGAAACAAGCCGUGUACCGAUUCGCCAAGGCAUUUGCGGCAUAUCUCGUGUUUGCCUUGGUGUGCGAAGAUGUCACAGGCUUUAUGCGCACGGAUCCAUUCAACAUGUUGGUGUUUCUUUGCUUGUGGACCGCUACUAGUACCGCUGGGUCCAGUGAAUGAAAUGAGACGAUACGAUACGAGCAAUAAUGUAAUGAAACACCGUCAAUGAGAUGUUGCGGUUUGCCGCGAUUGGAUUGGAUUGUUGUGGCAAUAACAUGAAUAAACAGAACUCUUUCAAUCCAGC